CAUGACGUGGCCUGUUCCCGAUCCGCCUUGUCGAUCCAAACCCCUGCCGCUUUUCUGCGGCUGUCGAUUGCCGAGCCACUUGGACGAGCUUUGGCGCAGCUGCGUGGCAGGCCCCUCUUCCAUGUUUCCGUUUUAUGAGACCAGGCGCCCGAGUCGUUCUGCAUUGACCGUUCACCUUCGCUUCCGCAACACAGACUCCCACGGUUCGAAAUAACCAACCCUCCCUAGGUAGACGGCGGUAGUUAUCCCCGCAUCUUCGCGAACCCCCACUCCGCUUCCCGCCGCUGCACAACCUCGAAGCCAUGGCGGGCGACAGCUCAGGCGCCGGCGCCGACGGCCAACAUGAUGGGCCGGCCUUCAGUAAUGAGCUCGAGGGGGGGACCCUGACGAAGGAGCAGCCGCCCUUCUUCUCCAAGAUAUCGUUCGCGACGCACAUCUACGGGCUGCAGAGCCUCAUUUUGCCGGCGAUGUGGUUUCGUGGGUGGAAGGAGUACUUCUACCCUCCCGACGGGGGGCCCAACAUUGUCAAGACCUACGAGUGCCGUCCAUAUCUGCCGAUACGAAUCUUCUUCCCGCAGACCUACGACCAGACCUCACCGCAGACCCUCCCGACGCUCUUCUCGAUCCACGGCGGCGGCUUCUGCAUCGGCAGCUCGGCCGACGACGACGACUGGAACCGACACUUUGCCGACUCGCAGGGCGCGCUGGUGAUUGCGCUCAACUACUCCAAGGCGCCGCGCUCGCCCUUCCCGACGGGCCUGCGCGACCUCGAGGCCCUCGUCCUCGCCGCGCUGGCCGACGAAUCUCUGCCCAUCGACAGGUCCCCCGCCGCCGCCGCAUCCGGGGGGCGCGCCGCCCGCACCGCGCUGCUGGGCUUCUCGGCGGGCGGCAACCUCGCCCUGGCCCUGGCCCAGCUGCCGAGCAUAAGGUCGCACCCGCUCGCGCCCCCCGCCGCCGCGCUGAGCGUCUACGGCGCCCUGGACCUGUCCGUCCCGGUGGCGUCCAAGCUGGCCACGAGGCCGUUCAAGCCGUCGCUGGGCCCACCGCGCGGGUCCGCGGCCGACGCGCUGAGAAGCCUGGCGCCGACGUUCGACUGGAGCUACAUCCCCUACGGCCACGACCUGCGGGACCCGCUGCUGAGCCCCGAGUUCGCGCCGCGGGCAAGCCUGCCGCCGUAUGUGUGCCUCGUCGCGGCGGAGCUGGAUAUGCUCGCGCACGAGAGCUGGAGGCUGGCGUGUCGGCUUGCGGGGGAGGGGACGGGGGAUCCGGGGCGGAGGGGGAGGCCGGAUGCGAGGAGUGGGGAUGUGGCGUGGCGGGUUUGUGGGAGGGAGGAGGGGGAGGGGGCUACGGCGGCGGGGGCGGGGGCGGGGUGGGGGCAGUUGGAGGGGACGGGGGAUGAGAGGUUUGCGUUUGAGGAGAGGUGGGAGGGGGGAGGGGUCAAGUGGUUGCUUGUGCCGGAUGUGGUGCAUGGGUUCGAUAACCCGAACUUCAGGGGCCUGAUGGGUGGUGGGGAGAGGACGGUGCGGGACGCGGAGAUGAAGACGGAGGCGUAUGUUGCUGAGAUUGGGCGGUGGCUUAGGGAGGUUGUGUGGGCUUUGUGAUGGUGUUGCUGUUGGCUGUUGAUUCUUUUGGGGCGUCUGGCGCUCUGGAUAUCGGCGUGCUUGAAUGGGAAUGUGUGCAUGGUUUGGGUGGUAUUGACAUAGGCCUCUAUAUAUGUGUUGGGGAUGAGGUCGGCGAGCUGUUAUAAGAGGCACUGCCUCAUACCAUAGGUCUGCACGUGUGUGGCGAUACAUCCCUUCCCCGUGUCAUUGGAUACAGUCACCGCAAUUAGAAUGGUUGUAUGAGUCUGCUCACUUAAGUAAGCCUUGAUUUUCUGGGAAAUGCGUUGCAGCUGGAAUCGGGGGUUGUCCGGGAGACUGGCGGGAUCGAAGGUCUCUUGAAAGUCCCCCGGCCCGUUUUUACUAA